GUCAAUUUUUUUUUAAAUAUAGUAGUCUGUGCCACUAAACAUUACAGUAGCAACAAAAUUUUCACAAAUAAAUUGAAAGUUCGUUAGAAAUGGCCCAAUGUAAAUUGAAUAAAAUUAUGAUAGUUUGUGAGAAAUGGAAACGCAAUAGUCUUAAAUCAGACAGCGCUAUGGAAGAAAUUCAAAAAAUUACUGUACUCAAGGAAUCAGAAAUGCCUCCAUGUACCUGCGCUCAGCCGAAAGAAACAGCCUCAUGCCCGAUGAAACCACAAGACCCGAUGGCAUGCCCUAUCAAAUCAAAAGAAUCACACUCAUGCCCGAAUCCAGAAUUUGGACCAUGUCCGGUGUGUCAUGCUGCUGGACCAAUGACGAUAAAUCCAUUCUUCAAUUUCAUGAGAGAAAUGCGAGAAACGACAUGCUUUAACAAAACUGUGCCGGAAGUUGCCAAAGAGGCUGGAGAACGAUGGACUAAGAUGUCGGACUGUGAUAAGGCUCCAUAUAUCGUUCAAGCGUACAAAGUAAGCAGGAACAAGAAUGAGGACGGCUAUGCCCCGAAAAGGAAUCAUUCAGGUAGUUCAAUGAGUGAACCAAAAUCAAAAAUAAAAAAGAAGAAUUGACCGGAAAUUAUAAUCAAUGUCCUAAUUUAAUGCGUUACUUAAACGUCGAUUGUAUCACCAUAAACUGGACUUUC